AAUUUAGCAACAUGUCAACAUGUGCAAUGCCAAUAUUUAAGAAAGAGGCGCAGACUUCCCGAACGCUAUAUUGUAUAAACAUAUAUGACACAUCUUUGUUAUUUAAUCGAUUGCUAUUAAUAUAUAAUUAGAAUAAUAAUUGGCAUAGUCUACAAGUUAUUAUUGCACGACCUGAAUUGUAAUAUAUUUAUUAUUGUCACGCGAAUACGUAAAUGACAGAAAUGGUGGAGGAUAUGGACAGCUUGGACGAUAAGCUAUUCAGUAAUGCAUUCAGGAGGAAUCCGUCCGCAGAAAAUGGCAAAAAAAGAAUUACAUUUGCAGACGAGGAUGACCCGCUGACUAGUUUGCUAGCCGAUAAGGAAGCUUUGCCGUCGAGCCAAAAGAAUUCAGCAGCGGCGAGAGAUAAGCGAAGUAUAAUAGACGAUUUGUUCAGUAAGAAAGCUUCCAACGAAUCGUUGUCAAGUUCAAAGCUGGACGAGAAGGAGAUUGGCUUGAUGUCUGCGUUAAGCGUCACGGGAUUUGAGAAGCCAAAAAAGUCGGACGAUAAGGCAAAGAAAUUGUCAUUGAUGCAGGAUUUGUUUGGGGAUACGUCGCAUACGUUGCCGUCAAAGGAAUUAGUUGACAAGAAACCUGCACAGCUGGAGCUGGAAGUUACACAGCACACGGCCGACGUUUCUAAGACGCAAUCACAACAUUCGACGUAUGCGCCAACGGCUCUUGGAACGAGAGAGUCUCGUAGAGGCAAGAGGACCUCGGAGAUCAUCAACGAUCCUCUAGGAUUAUUCUCCUUGAGCGCGACGUCAAGUCAAGCUGACCAGACUGUAAAUACGACAGAAAGGCGUACAGCGUCUGCAGACCUUGGUAGACAGAAAUCGGAAACUAAAGAAUAUCUACCAGACUGGUUGGAGCCUAAGAAAAUACAAGAAGAUAAAAGUAGCGAUUAUGUUCAGGAUAGAGUAACACCUACCGAAGAAUUGUUUAGCAGGCAUAAGAGAUCUAGCUCCGAUAAAAUUGUUCAAGGGCAGGUAGCAAACGUAUCACAAGAGGAUAAGACAAUGAUACCUAAAUCACUGCCACACGAGAAAGAAAAAUUGUCAAGAUUAUCGGACAAUCAAGAAGUAGAAAUCAAUGAGCACGAGAAACAGGAAAUUGAAGAAAAUUAUUCUAAGUCAUCCCACGCAAUGGCUGUUCCAAUUACUUCUGAUGUAAAUAUAAAUUCGGAAGAUGCGCGUAGUAGCUCAAUUCCCAAAAGCAUAGGCUAUGAAAAUGCAGUUCAUAAAUUAGAAUUAGAGAAGUCUCAUCUGUCGGUGACGUUACACAGCUUAAACGACAAAUAUGAAAACGAGAUAAUGAUUCUGGAUGAGUCGUAUAAACGACAAAUAGGAUUCUUGCAAGAGAGAACGGAUACAUUGGAAAAGAGAAUGCAGCAAGAACUCGAGUGUUUGGAGGCGGAUUAUGAAGCAAAGAUUGAAAAGCUGAAAAACGAGAAAGUACAAAUUGAGACAUUUUAUAAAGAAGAAUUACAGAAUUUAAAGAAAGAGCAUGCGCAAGUUAUAGAAGAAAUUUAUGAACGCCAUUCUCAAAAUAUAAAACUGCUACAGAAGGAGCAUUUUGAUACGAUAGAAAGUAUAUUAAAAAUGAGAGAGGUGGAGAAUUUAGCUAUGACAACCAUAGCGACCCACAAGACUGAUUUACAAAAUUUGUUACAAAAAGCUGAUUUUAUUAUAGAGAAUAUAAAAAAUGUGCACGAAAAGACUGAUCAAAGAGAUGACCAAAGUGUAAAGUUAAGGGAAUAUUAUUUGAAGAAUCAGGAGGAAGGCAUGCAAAUACAAAACGCGGAAAUGAAGAAGCAGCAGACAUUACUGGAGCAAGAACGUGAGAAGAUAAUGAAAGUAGCAGACAGAUUGGAUUCGCACGUGACGCAAUUGGUGCUCGAGUUAGAGAAAAAGAGCGCCAUGCUCAAUCAGGCAUUGGAAACGUUACAAAAGAGAGAGCAAUCUUUGUCGCAUGAAAAGGAAUUGUUUGAAGAAAAAGUGCAGUGGGAGCGUAAUCAUUUACAGGCUUUGAAAGAAUCUUGGUUUAACGAACAAGAGAAACAACUGAAGAUUUUAACGAAGGAGAAAGAAGUGAUCGCGGCUAAAAAGAAGCAAUAUGAAGUUUUGAGGAUAAUAAAAAGUAAUUCGGAUAAUGUUACGAAGAUAGAGUCGACAGCUGCUAUAAAAGCAGCACAAGAUGCCACUAUACUCGCGGAUCUGGAACGAUUAAAAUGGCAUGAAAGACUUAAACAUCUCGAGAGGCAGCAGCAGAUUUUAACGGAAAAGAAACGCUGGCUCUCAGCACGCGCCCAAGAUCUCGAGAGUUUUACAGAGAUAGCAUUUGCGAAAAAUGAAGAAGCCGAGAAGGCAUUGAGAGAGGCUCAUCACAUCGAAAAUGAGCAUAAAGUUAAAUUCAAUCCCCAUUAUGGCAAAUUUGAGGAGUUUAAUUUAGCAAGCGAAAAAUUGGCUUUGGAGAAACUGAAAAGAAGUACAAAUACCUCGUAUAGUUACAUAGACAAGCGACCAUCGUCUAGUCAGCAGCAUGCGUUUCAAGUCACUAGUCAUUUUACAGAAGUCGUUGAUCCUCAAUUAGUAAUGCUAAAGCUGAAUCUGGAUGACCAAUUGGAUAACAUUGAAUAUACAUGACUGCCACAAAACUUUGAUAAAAUAUUCAACAAAUAUGUAUUAUAUACUUUUCGCAUGAAAACUAUCUGUUUAAUAUUUUAUAUAUUCUGAGUAACACAGACAAUAAACGUUAGUACGCAUUUUAUUA